UCAUGUUCCCUUGCUGAUGUAAUGAGUGAACAGCUGGCAAAAGAGCUGCAGCUGGAAGAAGAAAAUGCUGCUUUUCCUGAAGUGGUUGCCGUUGCUGAAGGACCGUUUAUUACAGGAGAAAAUACUGACACUUCUAGUGACCUAAUGCUAGCUCAGAUGCUACAGAUGGAAUUUGACAGGGAAUAUGACGCACAGCUUCGGCGUGAAGAGAAGAAGAUUAACGGACAUAGCAAAGUCUCCAUAUCCUUUGAAAAUUAUCGGAAGGUGCAUCCCUAUGACAGUGACAGCUCAGAGGAUGAGGUUGAUUGGCAGGAUACCCGUCAUGAUCCUUACAGAGCAGAUAAACCUACUACUACACCAAGAAAGGGCUUCAUAGGAAAAGGAAAAGACAUUACUACUAAACAUGAUGAAGUGGUGUGUGGAAGAAAGAACACUGCUCGCAUGGAAAAUUUUGCACCUGAAUUCCAAGUUGGGGAUGGAAUCGGGAUGGACUUAAAGCUGUCAAAUCAAGUCUUCAAUGCCUUAAAGCAGCAUGCAUACUCUGAGGAACGUCGAAGUGCAAGGCUCCAUGAAAAGAAGGAGCAUUCCACUGCUGAGAAAGCAGUGGAUCCUAAAACACGUUUACUUCUGUACAAGAUGGUCAAUGCUGGAAUGCUGGAGACCAUCACAGGCUGCAUCAGCACAGGAAAGGAAUCUGUUGUUUUUCAUGCAUAUGGAGGAAUUACAACUGAAGAUAAAGUUAUACCUCCAGAAUGUGCCAUCAAAGUGUUUAAAACAACUCUCAAUGAAUUCAAGAACCGUGACAAAUACAUUAAGGACGACUACAGAUUUAAAGACCGCUUCAGUAAAUUGAAUCCACGAAAGAUUAUUCGUAUGUGGGCUGAGAAAGAAAUGCAUAACUUAACAAGAAUGCAAAAUGCAGGAAUUCCUUGUCCUCAAGUGGUUAUCCUUAAGAAACACAUCUUGGUUAUGUCUUUCAUUGGCCAGGAUCAAGUCCCAGCUCCUAAACUAAAGGAUGUAAUUCUUAGUAGUGAAGAUAUGAAAAAGGCCUACUGUCAGGUUCUUAAUAUGAUGCAACAGUUGUAUAAGGAAUGCAACCUCGUCCAUGCAGAUCUGAGUGAAUAUAACAUGCUUUGGCAUGAUGGGAAGGUCUGGCUUAUUGAUGUCAGUCAGUCUGUGGAGCCAACCCAUCCUCAUGGACUUGAGUUUUUGUUCAGAGACUGUAGGAAUGUUUCACAGUUCUUCCAGAAAGCAGGUGUGGCAGAAGCACUUAAUGAGCGUGAACUCUUCAAUGCUGUCUCAGGUUUAAAUAUCACAGCUGACAAUGAAGUAGACUUCCAAGAAGAGAUCGAAGCGUUGGAGAAGAUGAAUGAAGAUCAUGUGCAGAAUCAAGGAAAGAAACUGUCAAUGUUUUCAAGUGAUGGAGACCCACCUAUAUAUGAUGAAUAGCACUGAGUGUAUAGCUGCU